UAUCUUCUUUAAAUCAAUAUAAAUAUAGAGCAGAUUAAUAGAGUGCAAUAAUUGAAUUGUUAUUGCAUUUUGUAAAGCUGUUGUCUGUUUACGGCGUUGGCUGUUAGUCAUCUAACUUUGGAGUAUCCCCUUGGUCUCACUCUCUUUCCUGUUGACAUUGUCUCUUGGUAGCUGUGCAUGUGCUGAACUUUCUUUUUUCGUUUCACAGUUUGUCACCGGCUAAAAACUAACUUAACUUAUUAACAAAUUAGAAGCCAACGGGAAUUCGUGAAAUUACUAGAAUAAAAUAAAUAAAUAAUAAUUUUUGGAUAUUAAAAACAACACACAAUAUGAAAUCACAAAUUGUUUAUAUUGUAUUACUUGGAGUGGCCUUUGUGGCUCAAUCAUCCUUGGCCCUGAAAGAAGAAGACUGCGAAGUGUGUGUUAAAACAGUGAGAAAAUUUGCCGAAACCUUAAAUGAUGCCACCAAAAAAGAUUUCAAGCUAAUCGAAGCAGAAUUCAAGAAAUUCUGUAAACAACAAAAGAACAAGGAACAAAGACUUUGUUACUAUUUAGGUGGCUUAGAGGAAUCAGCAACAGGAAUUUUGAAUGAACUCACAAAACCUUUGAGUUGGUCUAUGCCAGCCGAAAAAGUUUGCGAAAAACUUAAGAAGAUGGAUGCUCAAAUCUGUGAUUUACGUUAUGAAAAACAAAUUGAUUUGAAUGCCGUGGACUUGAAGAAACUCAAAGUACGUGACUUGAAGAAAAUCCUCAAUGACUGGGAUGAAUCUUGUGAAGGUUGUUUGGAGAAGACCGACUUCAUUAAAAGAAUAGAAGAACUCAAGCCCAAAUAUGUGCGCAGCGAGUUAUAAAAGCCCAUGUAGGCUCUUAAUUUAAACCACAUAACAAAAAAAAAACAAACACACAAAAGACUUGAUUUUAGUUACAUAAAUAAAAUAAAAUCCUUAAAAACUAAAAA